AUGAGCUCUUAGAGCAAGAUUAGAAAAUAAAUUAGUAAACGUUUAACAAGAAACGCUGAAACGGGUUGUGAAAUCAAAGAUUCUUCCAUCUUCACUAGAACUAAAUGGACUUUAGAGGAAGAUAAGAAAUUAAUGGCAAAUGUGUCACUAUUUGGACAUCGUUGGCUUCGAGUGGCAUAGAUGAUGGAAUAAAGGAAUGCAUCUCAAUGUUGCCAAAGAUGGAAAAGGAUAAGACUGUGCCAGGGAUUCCAACUGAAUAAGGCUAAAAGAUGGACCAAAGAGGAGGAUGAAACAUUAUUAAAAAUUUAUAAAGAGCUUGGGCCAUCGUGGAAUGAGAUAGCUGAACGUAUGAAAAUCAAAUCGGGUAAGCAGGUGAGACGGAGAUUCAAGAAUGUUCUCGAUCCAAAUCUAAAUCACGGACCCAUCACAGAAGUGGAAGACGAAUUGAUAUACCAAGAAUAUCUGAAGUGCGGGUCUUAAUGGAGUAAAAUAUCCGAGAAAUUGCAUGGAAGAUCAGUAUGCUUUUUAUCAUAAAUAAUUAGGAGAACAUGAUUAAGAAUCGCUUCUAUUCCUACCUGAAGCAGAAAUAUUUGAACAAGCCUAAUCUGUAUUUCAAAGUCAAGCCUUUUGAUGAGAUGGAGAAGGUGCAAAAUUAAGUUAAUUUUUAAGAGGAGUAAAAUAUUCAAAUCACAGAUGAACAAUAAAUACAAUAUGAUUGGGAUUUCAACAAAAAUUCAAAUGAGGUAGUUGAAGACAAUCAAUCAAGUUAGUAUUGGAGUGUGGAAACAAGGGGAUACAUACUUUAGUCUCUGAAAUGA